AUGGGCUGCAUCUUCAGCAGGAGCUGCACUGACUGACACAUUUCAGAGUCACCCUCAGGGACAAACCAUGAAGGUCACAGACGGUAAAGUGAUCCGCUUCCACCUUCAGGUCCUCCAUGGGAUUUCUGUGAAGCGUCUGGAGAAGAGAAAGGAGAGGCUGGUCCUGAGCGGAGCAAAGGUCUUCGGGGUUCCUUUGGAGAACUUACCCCGACAGUACCUGCCUGAGUUUGGACUUGUGCCGUGCUUCUUGGUGGAUUCCUGCUCUUCUCUCCUGGAGCGUGUCGGGAGUGUGGGCCUGUUCAGGAAGCCGGGCUCUCUGCCCCGCAUCAAGGCGCUCCGGGCCAGACUGAACGGCGGUGAGGGCUGCCUAUCCACGGCCCCGCCGUACGACGUGGCUGCGCUCGUCAAACAGUUCUGCAGGGAGCUUCCAGAGCCGCUCUUCCCACGCGAGCUCCAUGCGGCUCUGCUGCAGGCGCAGACGCUGCCCAGCAUGCAGGACAGGAUGUCGGCCCUGCAGCUGCUGUCCUGUCUGCUGCCUGCAAGGAGCUGCUCCAGCCUGCAUUUCCUGUUUCACUUCCUCUCCAAAGUUUCUCAGAGAUGCUCGGAGAACCUGAUGACCAGCUCAAACCUAGCGACGGUUUUCACGCCGUGUCUUUUGCCGCCUCCAAACAAGGCGGAGAUGUCGCAGGUUCGGCUGGAGCUGCGAGUCCUCGUCCUGCGGACGUUCAUCGAGAACCCUCAUCUGUUUGGAGUGAUUCCCAAAGCGGUGAUGGACAGCAUGGAAUACUUUCAGAGUUUCCAUUCUCAGGACGGAUGCUCGAAGAGGGGAAAGAAACACAAUUUGAAAGCGUCUCUGAGGUGGAUUCCUCAGGUUCAGGGGAAGACCAGAGUCCCCAUUUCCCACCACCAGAACGGGACGUCCGGAGACAAACCUCGACUGAGGAGGAGCUUCGGCAUUGACAACUUUCCCAACGUGGAGCUUUUCCGCUCUGCUCUACCACCAGCAUGGAGAAGCAGAACUUUUCCAUCAGAGGUUUCAAGCCUGCGUCCGCCCGUCCCGAUGACUCAGAUGGGAGCCCCGGCGCGGCUCUCGGCGCUCGGCCUGCUGCUCUGCCUGCAGCUCGGUGCGGCCCGCAGCCCCCGCACGGCCGACCAGGUGUCGGAGGCCGACAUCCAGCGGCUCCUGCACGGCGUCAUGGAGCAGCUGGGCAUCGCUCGGCCCAGAGUGGAGUACCCGGCCCACCAGGCCAUCAACAUCGUGGGCCCUCAGAGCAUCCAGGGUGGUGCUCACGAGGGGCUGCAGCACCUGGGCCCCUUUGGAAACAUCCCCAACAUCGUGGCAGAGCUGACAGGUGACAACCUCCCCAAAGACUUCAGCGACGACCACAGCUACCCGGACCCCCCCAACCCCUGUCCUCUGGGCAAGACGGCGGGGGACGGCUGCCUGGAGGGCGCCCCGGACACAGCCGAGUUCAGCAGAGAGUUCCAGAAGCACCAGCAUCUGUUUGACCCCGAGCACGAUUACCCCGCUCUGGCCAAGUGGAAUAAGGAGCUUCUGCUGCAAAAACUGAAAGGAGGACCUAAACGAAGAAAGAGGAGCGUCAACCCAUACUUACUGGGCCAGAGGCUGGACAGCGUGGUCGCCAAAAAGUCCGUCCCCCACUUCUCUGAGGAGGAAGAAGAGCAGGAAGCACAAGCUGCCACCAAAGCUUAGCAUCAGGAAGACGAAUCUGAGCAGUUUGGACUGUUUGUGAUGAAAGGGGUUAAACUCAUUUGAUUCAGCCAUAAACUUUAUUCUGUGAGUGUCUUUCUUAAAAUUAUAAUCUAAAGUUGUAAAGAUUCAUUCUUUCUUGCUCUGGUGUGACCGGCUGCACUCACAGUGCUGUUGGUUCUAAAAGUAGACGUGUUUUAUCUGUUUUGGUGCCAAUUCUUCCGUUUCUGCUCAAAAGUGACUGAAUGUUCAACAGUCGUGAUUUUUUUUCUUGCACUCUUUGUAUCUUGUUUACCAGAUCUUGUCAAAAUGGUUUUGUUUAUGUUCCCUGAAGCCAAAUAAACGGUUUAUCUGCAUCCA